AUGGUGCAAAGGCUUGUGCUUCGGCUCGGUUGUGGUCCUGCUUCUGUUGAUGUUUGUGGAAAGCAUACUGGGCCGCAGGAUAAUAACAACACCAGUACACCAUCAACACCUAUUGCUAGGCUCCGGCAUCGUAGGCGCUCCAGUGAGGCUGUGGGGGAGGCUAGUAAAGAAAAUGGAGGCCGUUUACUGGUUAAUGAUCAGAACAAAUACAAAUCAAUGUGGAUCCGUGCUCAAUCCACCAUUUGGAUGAUUGGGAGCUUUGCAUUAGUUGUCUAUAUGGGACAUCUCUAUAUAACUGCCAUGGUGGUUGUCAUCCAAAUCUAUAUGGCAAAAGAGCUCUUCAAUUUACUUAGGAAAGCAAAUGAAGACCGGCAACUUCCAGGUUUUAGACUGUUAAACUGGCACUUCUUCUUCACUGCUAUGCUAUUUGUGUAUGGUCGCAUUCUCAGUCAACGUCUUUACAAUACUGUAACCUCAGGCAAAUUUUUGUUUCAGCUUGUGAGCAACCUAAUCAAGUAUCAUAUGGUUAUCUGCUAUUCCUUGUACAUUUCAGGUUUUAUGUGGUUCAUUCUUACUCUGAAGAAGAAGAUGUACAAGUAUCAAUUCGGCCAGUAUGCAUGGACACAUAUGAUUCUAAUUGUGGUGUUUACACAGUCUUCUUUCACCGUAGCCAAUAUUUUUGAAGGAAUUUUCUGGUUUCUUCUUCCAGCAACACUUAUUGUCAUCAAUGACAUUUUUGCUUAUAUAUGUGGUUUCUUCUUUGGGAAAACCCCUCUGAUCAAGUUAUCUCCAAAGAAAACUUGGGAGGGAUUCAUAGGAGCAUCUGUCACAACUAUGAUCUCAGCAUUUGUGCUUGCAAACAUCAUGGGGCGUUUUCAGUGGCUAACAUGUCCAAGGAAGGAUUUAUCAACUGGUUGGUUGCAAUGCGAUCCUGGGCCUUUGUUUAAGCCAGAGUAUUACACUCUACCAGAAUGGUUUCCUCAUUGGUUCCCCUGGAAAGAGAUCUCCAUUCUACCUGUUCAAUGGCAUGCUCUGUGUCUUGGUUUGUUUGCAUCAAUAAUAGCUCCUUUCGGAGGCUUUUUUGCUAGUGGCUUUAAAAGAGCUUUUAAAAUAAAGGAUUUUGGCGAUAGCAUUCCUGGUCAUGGAGGGAUUACAGAUAGAAUGGAUUGCCAGAUGGUGAUGGCCGUGUUUGCAUACAUCUAUCAUCAAUCAUUCGUUGUGCCUGAAAGCGUCUCAGUUGAUAUGCUCAUGGAACAGAUAAUGGGAAGUCUUCCAUUUGAGCAGCAGUAUGCUCUGUACACGAGGCUUGGAGAAAUGAUCCAACGAAGGGUGACCGGACAUUCCUAG